AUGGUUCUCCUCCCCCGCUUCCACCUCGCUGAAAUCGAGGAUCAGUCAUGGUGCCCCAGCUGGCUGCGAGAGCAUUCACACUUGGCUCUCGCUCAGAUGUGGAGGUCGAACGCUAGUGAAAAAGGCCCACCAGCCGCUCAAGCCUGCGAUCUUCUCAUGGAAAACCUUCCCGAUACCUCCUCCUUCACCUUCGUCGAUGCUUGCGCCGGAGCAGGAGGACCGACUCCUGUCCUGGAAGCCCGUCUAAAUGAAAAGCUUCUAGCCCAGGGCAAAGGCCCAGUCAAAUUUAUUCUGACAGAUCUUUAUCCGCAUCUUUCGGCGUGGGAAAAGAUUGUGAAACGUAGCGAGAACAUCUCCUACAUCGAAGAACCGGUCGAUGCCACGGCUGCUAAGAAAUUAACUGGGCCUAACGAGAAGGAGUGCAGGAUAUUCAACCUGUGUUAUCAUCACUUUGAUGAUCCGCUGGCGGGCAAAGUCCUACGCAGUGCAGUUGAGUCAGCGGAUGCUUUCGUCAUCCAUGAGAUGACCUACCGCAACUUCUCCGCCUUCAUGAACACUUCCAUCGUCAUUCUCUCCCCCUUCAUCACCACCAUGCUCUGGUUCUGGAACUCGCCCAUGCAUCUUUUCUUCACCUAUCUCAUCCCUCUAGUACCACUAUUCUACGCUAUCGAUGGAUACGUCUCAUGCAUUCGAACUCGCACACCAAAGGAGAUUGAUGACCUUUUGCUUCGUGAGCCUGGCCUCGAUCUCAGCGAGUGGGAGUUCAAGAGCGGAGAACGAUUGGUUUUACCACCAUUUGGGUAUCUUUAUUGGUACGUUGGAGUCAAGAAGACGAAGAGAACUUCUCAAGCUCUUGUUGAGCAUAGUUCCUAA